AAUGAAUCUGUUUGUGUCCCUAGAGCAACUUGUCUCCGCUCCACUCACUCCCCUUCUCCCCCUGAGAACUAAUGACUGAUGGUAAUUACAUUUAAUGAGAUCAUGGGGUCGUCUGCAGGGUGCACUUCUGCAAAUUGCUCUCAGCGUGGGGUCUGAAGUGGGAUAGGGUAGGGGGCAACAGGGCAGUCGAGGUCGGGGCCAGGAGUGUUUGCAGAGUGUUUGGGGGCCAGGACCCACAGUGGCUUUACCUGUCACUCACUGAGUAGUGAAACAUGUCAUGCAUUUGUCUGCCUUUGUCCUCCUCAUUUGUUUGUCUGCUGCUCAAUGACUGGUCAUUUUGCCACUAUUUUCUGCCUGCAGGGGGUUACCCAGGCAAUUUAGUUAAUCCAUUAACAACUAAUUGUCUCCUCCUAUCCUGUUGCUUGGACAAACAGCCUAGUUGGGGGGGUGUCAAGUCCUGGUGACCUAUAAAAGUCAUACUGGCUGAAGAGGCAGCCACUGUCGCUGCAGUCCUGGUUUUCUACACAUUUACUCGGACAUUUAAGCUUUGGAUUUUUAUUUAGUGUGGAGUCACCCUGACUUUAGUUAAUUGUUUCAGUCUGCCUUGCUCUUAUUUUUCUUAAUUUAAUUACAUUUUUCGUUGUUGGUGGACAUGUUGGGAAAUCUGAGGGUACUCUGCCUGUGUCUCUGCUUCUCCUGGGCCAAAGCUCAUAUAUGGGCCUGGAUGCUCAACAUGCCUCACAGCCCUCCCAAAGAAGGAGCUAAGGCACUUAGAGACAGCGAUCCUGUAGCCAAAGCAACCACGGCUGUGUGCGAACAUGACAGGGCCUGUGGGCGGGGUUUCUCCUGUGAUCGACACUUUGGUCUUUGUGUUCCUCUACGAGGGGAGGGCCACUACUGUCGGAGGGACGCCCAGUGUGUCCGCGGACUAAGUUGCAUGUUUGGGAAGUGCCAUCGCAGCAUCCCCAACGGACAAGAGGGUGCCAGAUGUAAAGUUGACAGGGAUUGCGGGGCAUCCAUGUGCUGCGCACGACACCAUGGUGAACAGGUGUGCAAGAGACGUCUGAUCUGUGGUGAGAGCUGCUAUGUUCCUGAUGGAGGCCUGGCAUUUAGCAUAAACCAGAUCUGUCCCUGUGAUGAGGGACUACUGUGUCGUGAAAGCAGUGCAUCCCACCAGAGAGAGAGAGAUUUUAUUUACAGGCCAGAGCGAACAAGUUGGACCUGCCAAGUGCCCAAACCUUGAUGUCAGCCUCAACAUUAAAGCUAUUUAUUAUGUAAAUAUGUUGUAUAUGAUUGUAUAUAAAAACUUAUGUUGCCAAAUAUGUUGUUUUACUAGAUGUUCUUAUUAGAGUUAUACAGCAAGGAUGUUUUUAAAAAUAUUAUUUCAUUUUGUAUUUUAUUGAUAAAAGCACUACUGUAUGUAGUUGGGCUCAACAAUGCCAUUAUGUCUCAUACAGUACCUUCCUCAUGCAUUUAGUGAUCUUUGAUUAUAUGCGUAAUGUCUAUUCCCCUUCAAUUUAAAGAAUAAAAAUAAAUAUUUUUCAAAAG